AUGGACGAAAACUACGACGUUAUUGUUUUAGGUACUGGCUUGACCGAGUGUGUCUUGUCAGGUAUCUUAUCCGUUGAAGGCAAAAAGGUCUUGCACAUUGACAGACAAGACUUUUACGGGGGUGAGUCUGCCUCCCUUAAUCUUUCCCAGUUGUACUCCAAAUUCAAACCAUCCUCCCAAAAACCAGAACUCAAGGGCAGAGACAGAGACUGGUGUGUUGAUCUUAUCCCCAAGUUCUUAAUGGCCAACGGAGAAUUAACAAACAUAUUGGUCAACACCGAUGUCACCCGGUACAUGGAAUUCAAACAGAUUGCUGCCAGCUACGUCUACAGAAACGGCAAAAUCGCCAAAGUCCCCUCCAACGCAAAAGAAGCUUUGGCUUCCUCCUUGAUGGGCAUUUUUGAAAAAAGAAGAAUGAAGAGGUUCUUAGAAUUUAUCCAAAACUACGACGAGGACGACGCAUCAACCCACCAGGGUUUCGAUUUAGACAAAAACACCAUGAACGAGAUUUACACCUAUUUUGGAUUGGAAAACGGUACCAAAGACUUUAUUGGGCACGCCAUGGCAUUGUGGUCAACCGACGACUACUUGAACGAAGUCGCCCGUCCUACCUACGAAAGAAUCAUGUUGUACGCCUCGUCUGUCGCCAAGUACGGCAAGUCGCCAUACAUCUAUCCAUUGUACGGGUUAGGCGAGUUGCCACAAGGCUUUGCCAGAUUGUCGGCCAUCUACGGCGGUACUUACAUGUUGGAUACCCCAAUUGACCAAGUGUUGUAUGAGGGAGAGGGCCCAGAUAAGAAAUUUGCCGGUGUGGUCACCAAAGAGGGUACCGCCAGAGCCCCCAUCGUCAUUGCCGACCCAACAUACUUUCCAGAAAACGUCAAAAAGACCGGCGCCAAAGUCAUCAGGGCCAUUUGUAUUUUGGACCACCCCGUCCCUGGCGUUGAAUUGGACUCGUUGCAGUUGAUCAUCCCCCAGAACCAGGUUGGCAGAAAACACGACAUCUACGUUGCUGUGUUGUCGGACGUCCACUGUGUUGUUCCAAAGGGGUACUACCUUGCUAUUGUUUCCACCAUCAUUGAAACCGACGCCCCACACGUCGAGUUAGAACCUGCGUUCAAAUUGUUGGGCCCCAGAGUGGACACAUUAAUGGGUAUCGCCGAGUUGUACGAACCAGUUGACGACGGCACCAAAAACGGAAUCUUCCUCUCCAAGAGCUACGACGCCUCGUCACAUUUCGAAAGCACUACAGACGAUGUGAAGGAUAUUUAUUUUAGAAUCACUGGAAAACCAGUGCAAUUGAAGAAAAGACCUACAGCAGAAGAAGAAGAAGCUCUCCAAGGUUUAUAG